UGAUUCAUAGCCCGGCGAGGGGCCGGCCCAGCACGUCCACACCCGCGUCCGCAGCGGCCUCGCAUCCGCGGCGGCCGCCCCGCCGACGACUCGGCUCGGCUCGGCUCGCGGAGCCCUCCGCCCCGGGAAAACUAGAACCUAUGGCUCUCUAUACAGUCUUUCCGACAGUAUUCCUCUUGGCAUUGCUGUCCCUGAGCACUUACCAGAGUAAAGUCUUGUCCAAACCUUUGCCAUUAACUCCUGAAUCACUGAAAGUUUCCAUCAAUUCUGCACAUCAGUGUUUGCAUUUACAAUGGAUGGUCCACACCCUUGCUUAUCAUCAGGAAGUAAAAAUGGUUUUUCAGAUACAGAUCAGUAGAUUUACAACAUCCAAUGUCAUCUGGACAGAGAGCUACAGCACCAUUGUGAAGGGGAACCAAGUCCUGCACUGGAGCUGGGAGUCCGAGCUCCCUCUGGAAUGUGCAACACACUUUGUAAGAGUGAGGAGUAUGGUGGAUGAUGCCAGAAUCCCUGAGCCGAAGUUCUGGAGCAACUGGAGUCGCUGGGAGGAAGCGGAUGCACAGAAUUCCCUCGGACAGGAUCUGUUGUUCCUCUUCCCUAAAGAUAAGCUGGUGGAAGAAGGCUCCGAUGUCACCAUCUGUUACACUUCUAGGAACCCUCAACAUAACAUAUCCUGUUAUCUGGAAGGCACACAGAUCCACGAACAACUUGAUCCACGCGUAUCCGCGUUUGAGUUGAAGAACGUGUCUUUCAUUAGGAGAACAGGGACCAACAUCUUCUGUGAGGACCCAGGAGUUGCUAUGAAAGGCACUGUUCUCUUUGUCUCAAAAAUACUCGAGGAGCCCAAGGACUUUUCUUGUGAAACCCAGGACUUCAAGAAUUUGAACUGUACUUGGGAUCCUGGAAGUGACACUGCGUUGCCUAAACAACCUUCCCAAAGAUACACUCUGUUUGAAUCAUUUUCCGGGAAAAAGAUACUUUGUGAACACAGGAACUUCUGUAAUUGGCAAGUAGCUCAAGACUCACAAGAAAUGUAUAAUUUCACCCUCGUGGCUGAAAACUACUUAAGAAAAAGAAGUGUCAAUAUUCUUUUUAACCUGACCCAUCGAGUUCAUCCAGUGAUUCCCUAUAACCUAUUCUUUAAAAAUAUCAGUGCCACAAAUGCCACCGUGACCUGGAAGGUGCACUCCACCGGGAAUUACUCCACCCUUUUGUGUCAGCUUGAACUCUUUGGUGAAGGAAAAGUGAUACAACAACAAAAUGUUUCCGUCAAGGUGAACGGUGAGUACCUCUUAAAUGAACUGGAGCCCGACACAAAGUAUGUGGCCCAAGUGCGCUGUGCUUACGCCGACCACUUCUGGAAAUGGAGCGAACCAAUUAGUCAAAAAUUCAACACCUCUGAAGCCGCUCCCUCAGAGGCUCUUGAUGUCUGGAGAAACGUGAGGUUGGUGUCAGGAUAUCCUACUGUGAAUCUCUUCUGGAAGCCCCUGUCAAAAUCGCAUGCCAAUGGGAAGAUCCUCUUCUAUAAAGUAAUCGUAGAAAAUCUGGACAACCCAUCUGGGUUAGAGGAUCUCUCCAUUCCUGCUCCGGCCAACAGCACAGAACUGCCCCUCGAUCGGGGUUCUUACCAAAUCCACGUCACAGCUCACAACAGCGUCGGCGCUUCUCCCGCUUCCAUGAUUGUCAUUUCUGGAGACUCUGAAAACCGAGAGGUUGAAGAAGGAAGAGUGAAUGGCACAGAGCAUGGAUUUUCUAUGUCUUGGAAACCCCAAGCCAGAGAUACUGUUGGCUACAUUGUGGAGUGGUGUGACCAUCCCCAAGACCUGCCCUGUGAUCCCCAGUGGAAAAACGUGGGCCCCAACACCACAAGCACAGUCAUUAGCUCGGAUACUUUUAGACCAGGGGUUCGAUACAACUUCAGAAUUUAUGGAAUUUCUACAGACAGGACGGCUCAUUUAUUAGAGAGAAAAACAGGAUAUGUAGAGGAACUGGCUCCUUCAGACAACCCUCGAGUGGUCACGAGUAACUUGACCUCCCACUCCUUCACUCUGAGUUGGAAGGAUUAUUCCACUGAAUCCCAGCCUGGUUUCAUCCAAGGGUACUACCUCUACCUGAAAUCCAAGGCGGGAGAGCAGUGCCUCCCAGGAUUUAAAAAGACAGGUCUCCUCACAGGUGAUUCAGUAUGUUGCAAACACAGAAUCGACAACCCAGAACAAAAGACAUUUGUCGUGGAAAACCUACAGCCAGAAUCCAUCUAUGAGUUUCUCGUCACUCCCUACACGAGCGUUGGCGAGGGCCCCCUGGGCGCCUUCACCAAAGUCACGACUCCAGAUGAAUACUCCCAUAUACUGAUACGCAUCCUUCUCCCCAUGAUUUUCUGCAUUUUGCUCAUCAUGAUCGUUUGCUGCUUAAAAAGUCAGUGGCUGAAGGAGAAGUGUUAUCCUGAUAUUCCAGACCCUUACAAGAGCAGUGUCCUGUCAGUAAUAAAGUCCAAGGAGAAUCCUCACCUAACAAUAAUGAAUGUCAACGACUGUGUCCCAGAUGCUAUUGAAGUCCUAAACAAGCCAGAAGGGAGUAAGAAACAGUUUGUAGAUGCUAGGAAAUCACUCACAGAAGCUGAAUUUACUAAGCCUGCCUACCUUUACCUCCUCCCGACGGAGAAGAACUACCCUGGCUCUGGACCUUGCAUCUGUUUUGAGAACUUUACCUAUAAUCAGGCAGCUUCUGGUUCUGGUUCUUGUGGCCCUUUCCCAGUAACCCCUCAAGUCCCACCAGGUCAGCCAGGACCACUGACUUCACCUGGAAAUUUACUAAAGGCACUAGAAAAAAACUACAUGAGCUCCCUGGGAGAAAUCCCAGCCGGAGAAGCCAGUUUGAAUUAUGUGUCCCAGUUGGCUUCACCCAUGUCUGGAGACAAGGACAAUCUGCCAACAAAUCCACCAGAGCCAGCACUCUGUUCAGAGUAUAAAAUGCAAAUGGCUAUACCCCUGGGUCUUGCCUCCCCUCCUCCAAGUGAGAAGAGCAGGCUCUCCUCCCCUACCUUUUUAGAUCAAGGUGAGCACCACCGCUAAUCAGUAUACUCACUUCAUAUCCUUAUGCUACACAGACACUAGGAGAAGCAUAGCCAGCACCCUUCUAUCACCAGAUACCUCAGAGCUUAAUCCCAGUGAGCUGUCUCCAUUAGCAGGUCUGAUUUAUAUAAUCUUGCUACAUUUUGAAGGUCAGAAGCUAUGCAACUUAACAUUUGUGGUUGGAGCAGGCUUGCUGUAGAAAUGGCAGGAUCAUGGGAAUAGGCUACCUUGCUGGUGUGGGUUCCAGGUUCCCCUUUAUAACAGCAGACCUGGCACUUGACCUAGGGAUAGACUCUGUCCACUCAGCACUGGACAGGGUGGCUACGGUCCUCAAAGUUCAGUUUUUAGGGAGACGGUAUUUCCAUUCAUUUUACCCCACAUUUAACAUCUUAGGGGUAAAGAAACUAGAUUUAAGGCUUCAAUAGAGGCCACAGAAGAUUCAUUCCUAUAGCGUCAAUUUUCAAUGUUAAUUUAUUCUAGGUGUGUUUAAUAGAGAAGUCACAGAUGUUUAAGACCAAAAGAGAUUUUAGACUUGCCUUGGAGUGAUAAUUUGUAGUUCAUUGAUGUAGUAAAAGGAACUCUUCCUAUUAGACCUUAUCUAAGAGGUAAGAUGUGUGAAUGAAUUAAUGAGAUCCCACAGUUGUCCUUCUGUUCAGUUUACCGCAGUUAAAGAGUGAGACUGGCACGGAACCCCUGCCUCAGCAUCAGGAUUAUAACAUGCCUACUUAGUAGACACGUCUUCUCUCACAGGUUUUGAUGACUACCUCAGAAUAGAAAAAAAGGAAAAUGUGUCAUUAAUUCCACUCACAUUUUGUGGUUCCUCUGUUUUUAAGAACUGUAAUAUAUAAAAAUCUAUUUUCAGUUAGCAUCCUUUGGCCUCUGCAGUAGGUUGUCUGGAUCAAGAGAACACCCUCUCUGUCUCCUUAGAUUGCUAUUAUGCUAAUGUAAUAAAAUGAAACCCUCGUUGUUAGACAUUGUUUAGACAUAAUUGUCAAAAGCUAAAUGGAACAGGGGCUUCUGUAGUGGCCCAGCAGCAGCUUUGUACCAAGGUAUGCAAAGCACCUACCUGGUGUAUGUAUAACAGGUAUUCCAAUUAUGCUAGAGUUCCUUUCUUUUCUUUUGGCCUGACAACCCUUAAAAUUUAUUUAUCACAUUUCUAAAUAAGCAUGAUUAGGGCUUCCUUUUUCUUCGCUGUGAUGGAGAUGACACUGCCUGUUAUCUCUGGCCCCAAACACCCUGUGCCAUGCCAUUCCAUACUAUGAAGAAUGAGAGAAAAGGAUCCACAGCUUAAAGGAAGGUGGUUGUCAGUGGACCUAAAUAUACACAAACCAGGAAUUCUGUUCAGCUUUUCAAUUUUUCCCUGCAUAUAACUAAGCCUUUGGCUGGACUAAUUGGCUAUAUACUCCUAGCAUAAUAUAAAUGAGUAUCUUGAUUAGUCUAAUAGUUUCAAGAAAACUUUGGGGCCAGUAUUGUUAUCACUUAGCCUCUUUGUGUUUGUUAUGAUGCAAUUAUAAAAGUACAUAGAAACAUCCUGACAGUGAUGACUGAUUUGUAAGUAGUAUCUUUUGUAAAGAUUUCUUUAAAAUAAUCCAUAAAACCUUGAAGUCACUUUUGUUGAAAUAAGCUUUAAUUAAAAUA